AUGACGACAUUCCCUCCUCCACCAAAGGCCGGAAUAGACUGGAACAAUGUUGGAGUUUCAUUUCUCGGCGUGAACGGUCAUGUUGAGAGCGACUAUGAUUACAAGACAGGCACUUGGUCUGCGCCGCAGUUUGUCGAGGAUCCUUAUCUUCGCAUUCACGGCCUUGCACCAGGCUUGAAUUACGGACAGCAAGUGUUUGAGGGAUUGAAGGCGUACCGCGACCCUAAUGGUGAAAUUCAAGUGUUUCGCCCCACCGAUCAUGCCAUGCGCCUACAAAGAUCGUCCGCCGCCGUCGCUAUUCCUCACAUCCCCGAGGACCAUUUCUGGGAGAGCGUGAACCUUGCGAUCGCCAGCAAUGCCGAAUUUGCUCCUCCCCAUGAGACAGACGCUGCCAUGUACAUCCGCCCACUGGCCUUCGGCUCAGAUGCAUUUUUGGCCGUUGCUGCUGGACCGAGCUAUAAAUUCUGUGUAUAUGCGCAACCAUUUAGCGCGUACCAUGGACUUGCUCCUAUAAAAGCCCUUGUUCUUGAAGAUUUUGAUCGUGCUGCACCCCUUGGUGUUGGAAACGUUAAAGUUGGUGGAAACUAUGCGCCCGUUUUGCGAUGGAGUGACCAGGCCAGGAAGGAAGGUUUCGGAAUAACGUUACAUUUGGAUAGUAAAACACACUCUGAGAUUGAUGAGUUUAGUACCUCUGGCUUUAUCGGAGUGAAGAGGUAUGGUGAGCAGACUACACUGGUUGUCCCCAACAGCAAGUCGAUUAUCAAGAGUGUGACGAGCACGAGUGCGAUUGAGGUGGCGCGCUCCAUGUUGGGGUGGACUGUAGAGAUUCGCCCAAUUCCAUAUGCCGAACUGCCUUUCUUCGACGAAGUACUUGCUGUUGGUACCGCUGCCAUGCUGGCCCCGAUCCGUUCAAUUACUCGCCAAUCUACGGGUGAUAUUUUCGAGUACGGAGUGUCGGAUAGGGAGCCUGGGCCGGCUUGUGUCGAGUUGACCUCUCAACUCAAAGGUAUUCAGAAGGGUGUCAUCCCCGAUAUCCUCCGAUGGUUACGACCGGUCACUGAGGUAGAGGAGAAACAGAAGUCUAAUGGCACAGUGAAGCCCGCAGGGUCAAAGACCAACGGUUUCCAUUAA